GAAGUUGGAAACACACAUCACUGACUGUGGAGAACACCCUAGAAUAAGCUUGGGAAAGAUACGCGACCCUUAGUUGACGCUAUCGAAAUACAGUAAUAAAUUCAAUAAACCUAUUUUGAUAUCUGUAACGCUGCCCCUCCUCAAAUGUCACCUGUCAUUUAGUUUUUCUUUACUUACAUCUUAACAGGUUUUUUAGGUUAUCUUUGGUGAAAAUCGGGUCAAAAUAAACGCUACUACGACGUAUUUCACAGAUUAAAAUGGAUGUUCUUAGUCGUCCUGCCGAAGAAUUUGAAAAUGACCAGGCUGUGGAAACGAUGUGGGCUAUCAAAGCUUUCGAUCACGCAGAAGUAUAUUUUAAUAUCCUUUGCUCAGUAGAUCCAAAAUUGCUCAAAUUAACACCAGUAGAUGAUAUAAUUUACAAGGUAUUCCGUGAAGAAUUUCCAAAAAUGGAAUUAGAGGUAAUAAAUGAAAACGAAUUGAAAAGUACUAAAGAAAAGGCGAAGUGGCGACCAUAUUGUGAGAGGUUUAAAACUUUGGUGGAAGACUAUAGUUUUGGAACUUUGCUUAGAGCAGAUGCCAAAGAGGAUUAUAAAGAAGAAAAUACGAUCUUAGUUACUAGAAUACAGUUUUAUGCUAUAGAAUUGGCUAGGAACAGAGAAGGUGUUAAUGAUAUUCUUAGGAAGAAAUUUUGGCCCAAACCACAGGAAAAUCUCAAUUAAAAAUCUUUUCUUUUGUGAAGCAAACAUUUUACUCAUAAUUUUUAUACUUCGAUAAGUUUUGUAAUAUAAUAAAUUAUUCUAAAGUA